AUGUUUGUUAUAUCCAUUCUACUACUGUGUAUGGUGGUGCUCGGUGAUGUGUUAUGUCAUGAGAACUUCAAUGAAGAGCUCCUUAUCAAGGAGUUGGGGGGAGGCUUCACUGCGUUCCACUUCCAAUUUGUCUCUAGAACACCGGAAUAUGAACAACCAAAGCAACAUCGAAAUAUUGUUCCAAAGUCCAUGUUCGAUAUCCUCACCAAGUAUUCUGUUGAGGAACUGCACCUUUCUAUGGUCCGUGGACACUGGGAUGAUGAACACUGGGGUCGCAAUUUCAUGAUGACGGCCCCAGCUGGGGCGGAGUUGUGGUCUUGGUUCAAACAUGAUACUACCAACGUUGAUCAAGCAUGGUUUGAGCUGACCCAUGCUUUGUCCGGCCAGUUUUGUGCUUCACUGGCUCGUCUUUCCAGUCGAACCUUUUCGGUCGUUCCGCGAUGGUCCUUUAGACCCACUGGAAUCGUCAACCCUAGAGACAAGAGAAAUGGUACUGAUCGCGUGCGCUACGCACAAAUGCCAGGCGAAGGUUUGUGUAGUGAAAACUUCACCCCGUGGGUGAAACUACUGCCAUGCAAGAAUCUAAGGGGUCUCGCUACUCUUCUUGUACCCACUUCAUUAUUUCGUUCGAACUACAUCGACCUGUCUGUUAAUAUACGCCGAACCUGCUGGGACGCUUCUUGUUCUUCCUUGGGUUAUGAGCUAACUCAGACUCUGACGGCUGUUUUCGAUCGACGCUUGCUUUAUGGAAACCUCCACUCUCCUUGGUCUAUUCAAGGGAUGCUGGGAUCUUCGAUUCAAGGUGUAUGCGGCCCUGCUGAGUCCAGUCAGGUCUUCUUACUAUCCUCUCCUAUGACGACUACAAUUCAAGUUGACACUCCAUCACCCGAUUCUUACAACAUUACUGAUCUGCGAGUCCAAGCAGUUUAUGCUUCAUCCGAACUUCUUAAUGGGGCGAAAGAUAAAUCACUGUUCACACCGCCUGCCCAGAUGCGACAACCCAGCGCAUCAGACCUACCAUUGGUAUCUGUUUCUAAAUAUCUCAUUGGAUCAGGCACUGCGGAUGGUGGUAUACGCGCCUUGCUUACCAACCGAGCUACCUUUCCAUUGCAUGUGGUGUAUAUGGACUUUAUACCUUGGUACACGCAAGUACUCUUCAGUACCUUGAAGGUGGAGGUACGAAGCAAAGGAACUGGUAAAUGGAUGUCGUCGUAUCCAGUCAAGUCUCACCUUGUGCCAAGUAUUUCUCGGGAACGUAUGGGUCAUAUGGAGCUGGUGCUGUUGAUCCCGCCCGGGCACCAGGUCACUGUUUCCUACAAGUUCCGCCGAGUGCUGCAACGAUGGGAUGAGUAUCCGCCGGACGCUAACCACGGUUACCUUCUACCCGCUGCCGUCGUCUCUUAUCAGCUCACACCGCCCGAUCUGGAUUACGUCCGUAGAAAUACACCAGCAGCGGCCCGUGAGUUGGCUCUGCCAAACUGGGCCAGCACGUACAUGCAAUAUUUCCAAGAAUCAUCGUCUCUAUCAGUUCACCGUCCUGGCGAUGGCUUCGUCCGAAUUUACAGUUCGGUCGUUCUUAUCACAAUGCCCACACCAGAUUUCAGUAUGCCAUUCAAUGCUCUGUGUAUCGUGUGCUCAGUCAUCGCUCUUCUGUUCGGAUCUGUCCAUAAAGUAACUGCCGGUCAGAUAGAAGCCAGGCCAGCUGAAGAGGGUGGUCCGAGGCUUUUACGGUUGCUUCGAAAAAUCGUCAGUCGUCUUCGAGGUUUGCUGCGUCAAGGACCCCCAAUAAGAACAUCGACUGUGAAGGAGCAGAAGAUUGACUAGAGAUGCCGUGUGUUCGGACUGCAGUCACGCCUGACUGUGAUAUUUGUUUCCUAUAGGUAACAGUUUGCCCUAACUUUGCCUUAUAACUGCAUCUGUGAGCUUAUUUAUGAGCCUCCCGGAUGUUUUUCACUGCAUAUCUGGUUUGUGUGUUAUAUGUUGAAAAGUUUCAUUAUGUAGGAAUACAUGUUUUAUUGCUCCUUGUUUUUAUGCCUCACGGUUUGAGAUUGUUUGUUCACCCUUUCGCAACCAUAUGCCACCACCUUGGGAUAAUUUACUUACAUUGUCUCGCAACAUUAAUCCGGAUCUUU